AUGCCGUUCGCCAAGCGGACGGUAGAGCCGCAGUUGCUGUGCAGGCAAGACGCAGCCGGUGAGGAGGGUUUGCUGUUCGAGGACCUGCGCUGCACCGGGAACGUGGUUCUAUCCCGCAUUCUCCGGCAGCUAGCGGAUCUGGCCCGGCAUGCCUGCUCCAUCUUCCAGGAGCUGGAAGACGACGUGGUGGCUACAAGUCAUCGUCUGCACCGGCUGCACAGCAAAAUAGGCCAGAUGCAGCAGACCACAGGCGCGCUCGAUCCCAAACUGGAGGCUGUGCCCGUGUCGAAUUUAGACACUGAAAGUAAGCUGACAUCACACUAUCAGGCCCCGUGGCACCAGCAGCACAAUGUAUUCUACCCCAGCACACGCCCACCAUGUCUGGACGAGCUACACCACAAUGCAGAGUUUAGCCUGCAGGCCCUGCACAGAGAUCAUCAGCGGUCAACCAGCAGGGAGCGCAAUCGGGUCACCAUAUCAAUCUCGGUGGCACCACCUAUGCCUACGUUCCCCUCCCCUCACUCACUCAGGAGACGGGAUCAGAAAAGCCGACAUGCACGUUUGGAGAAGAGCACCAGAGAGUCAGACAUGCAAACUCUUCCCAGGACACUUGUCCAGCAGGAGAGACCUUCAAGACAAGUGGAGCUCCAGCCAACUCGGAGAAAGCAUAAGCGCUCACGUUCCUCCUCCCCUACAGUGUGUUGUGUGUUCAUCCCCUGGAUAUGCAAGGUUGGAACCAAUACAAGUACAGACAUGGACUUGGUGGCAUUGGGCCAGAGACCAAAAUGUCCUGUUCCCAACAUUCCUACCACACUGGACAAACAGACCAACUGGUCAAAGGCUCUACCACUUCCCACACCAGAGGACAGAAAAAAGAAUGAGUCUCAAGUCGUCUCCUCUUGUAUCAUCCCUAUAAACGUUACUGGUGCAGGAUUUGACAGAGAGGCCAGCGCUCGCUGCUCACUGGUUCACUCCCAGUCUGUGUUACAGCGAAGAAGGAAACUGAGGAGGCGGAAAACCAUUACAAGCAUUCCUAAAAGAGUGCAACAAGACAUGGACUCGGAUGAAUCUCCUGUGGCAAGAGAACGGACGACGGUGGUCCAUGCAAACCCAAACAUGUCCCUGUACCAGGAGGAAAUAACUCUCAGCGGUCGGGCUUUAAAUACCAAGGAUUCAGGUUGCCAGACAGAUGACUUUUUGAUUACUGCUCCAUCCAGGAGGCGCAUCCGUGCCCAGAGGGGCCAGGGAAUUCCAGCCGCACUGUCCCACUCUACCGGGAAUAUCACUUCGUUACCUGAUCAUUCUGACGCAACCUAUACAACUGCGGCGAGUACUCGUCUGCGAUCGAGAAGUUUACCCCGAGAUGGAAGUCGACUUCGGGACAAAGAUGAAGAUGAUAGUGAUGAUGAUGAAGACGAGGAUGAGGAUGAGGAUGAUGAUGUGCUCUCUCCUUAUGAGUCUGAGGACUUCCUUUCUGGACCAGGGAAGAGAAUACUAAAAGACGAAGAGGAGAGCACUGAUGACCAAGCCAUGCCAGAGCUUCAAAUAGAAAGCAUAAAGCACACUUGUAGUCCUGAAAAUGCAUGGAUUGAAAGGGGCCGGUCAAGGCUUCCACGGAAAUCUGACAUGGGAAGCUGUGAAAUCUCCUCCAGCUCGGAUACCUUUAGCAGCCCUAUUCACUCCGUGUCCACCACGAGUGUACUUGGUAGCCAGAUUGAUCAAAAAGAGGACCAUCAGUCUUCAAGUGGCAAUUGGAGCGGAAGCAGCUCUACUUGCCCUUCUCAGACCUCAGAAACACUACCACCAGCUGCCUCGCCCCCCUUGACUGGGUCCUCCCACUGUGAUUCCGAACUGUCUCUUAACACGGGCUCUCAUAUUAUUGAUGACACUACCGGCUUUAUUAUCGACCCCUGCCACAUAGAUAGGCCACAGGAACAUAGGUCUAAUUCGUUCACUUCCUCGGCAACAGAUCAGAUGGACGAUGCAGGUGUCAGUACUGCUAGUGAUGGGGAGUGGAACUGCAACCAGGAUCAGCAGGAUCAACCAUGUCUCCAGGACUAUAGCUCAAAGCACUUGAGGGAAGAAGAAAGUGGUGUAAGUUGCCCCAGUUAUUCUAGUGGAGAAACUUAUGAGAGCUUCAGUGGCCAGCCACCAGGUGAGAAACUGGAGAGCUCUUCAUAUUACAGAGUUGACAGUGAAAGCUUCUACACCUCCAUGCACUUUGAUUGUGAACUUGAAGGAACUAAAAGCUAUUACAACUAUGCAGCAAUUGAACCCGUCUGUGGCCCAAAUGCGAACGUUGUUCCUGGUAUGGGUGAAUACCCUCAACAGGACUACAAAGGAAUAAGUACGUUGGCAAGACCGUGUCUCUCUUUAAGAAAACCAAUGGCCAAGCCGCCCCCACCAAAACGUAGCUCUUCUUUAAAGGAAACAGGUAGCACAGCGGAUAUUCCAGAGAAGAAUGAACCAAAGAUUAACAGUGAGCUGCCUCUGCCUUUGUCUUCCAGGGAUAUGAGGCUGCAGCUGGAGUUGGCUGGUUCUGUCAGGCAUCUUGACAAUGCAGAUCUCUGUGACAAACAGCUUGGCACCUGGGGUAUAGAGAACAUCAGAGAAUUGUUAGACUGCUCAUCUCCGUUCAGUUCUUCUGACACACAUUCCUUUAAAGAUGAAGGAGCUGUGCAGUCAGACUAUGCAGACCUCUGGCUCCUCAAUGACUUGAAAUCCAAUGAUCACUACAGGUCACUGUCUAACUCUAGUACUACUAUGGGUACAACUGUUAUUGAAUGUGUUAAGUCACCGGAAAUUGUGGAAUCUCAGCCCUGUCACUUAAGCUCCAGACCCACAUCUCCAAAACUUCUCCCACCGGAGGGUGACUUAAAGCUGGGAUCUCCUGAGAAACCUGCAGGACUCGCUUCCCCGUCGAGUGGAUAUUCCAGUCAGUCAGAGACACCCACAUCUUCCUUUCCUUCCGCAUUCUUUCCAGGGCCAUUGUCACCAAACAGUGGCAAAAGGAAACCCAAAGUCCCAGAGAGAAAGUCAUCACUUUCAUCUCUCCAGCAUCAGCAGCUUUCCCUCCGUGACCCGGGCUCUUCCCUCAGGCGGGACACCAAAUCCCACGCCGUACCACCUACUCACCUUGACCUAAGUGCUCUUUACAGCAAGACCUUUGCCCACCGGAACCAAAUGCACAUCCUUCACCAGAACAAGCAGAAAGCAGCUGCCGCAGCUGCUGCGGUGGCUGAGGCUCGUGCAGCCGCAGCUGCCGCCGCGAGCGCGGAGGCAUCGAGCUCAUCUGACACGGUCACCACUGCAAAUGUUCUGAGGUCAGUUCAACCCCGAUCUACUGGUAAACUUGCAGAUGGGAAUCUGGGUUCUGAGCAGUCAAGUUCUCAUCAAUCAGCUCGUCAGAAGUGUCCUGCAGAGUCUGGGUCCACUGAUAACCGACACAAUAGGAAGCCACCAGCCUACAAACCACCUGCUGUGCAGCCAUGUGAAUCCAAGUUCUCACCUCCAGAGACCAUUGUUACUCCGCAUGAAGGGAUAAAAAUCAGACAAGAAAGAUAUGGCCCGGGAACUUACUGGGCCAUGACGGCCUUCAGAACACCCGUGGAACCGAUCAAUACACAAGAUGAACCGCUAUGCCAAACGGUCCAAGACCCUGACAUUCAUGAUGCCCAGCUGGAAACAGGGUGCAGCAAUUUUUCAGCCGGUGAAUUAACAAGAGUAAAAGAUGAACACAGUCAGGUCCCCAGGCUAUACCCUCUGACAGAACCAUCCUUGAGUUUGGUCAGCACAAUGUCUCCGCCUGCUUACAGUGAUAUACACAGGAGUGACAUUGUACCAUGCAACAGCCCUGAAAAAGUGCCUGCUAGAUGUUUAGAAGCACCACUGCACACUUGCAAAAUCAGCAAUGUCAGAAGCAAAGAGGAGGAGUAUGAGACAUCAAGAGUCAGUACCAGAAGUGCCUCACAUGAUGGACAAGGGGAUGAGCCAACCCCAGACACCGAAGAUUACUUUAGCAAAGAUUCAACACCAAGUGAUAACACAGUUUCUCCUCUGACUGAUGAUUCAAAGCCUGAUGAUGAUAGUAUAUUCCCUUCUCCCAAUAGAGUUCGUACAACUGAAGAUCUGUUUGCCAUGAUACACAGAUCAAAAAGGAAAGUUCUUGGACGUAAAGACUCAGGGGAGCUAAAAGGGAAGAGUCAUCUUGCCGUUGCUCCUGUGACCGCUCCCAUUAGUCAACCGGUGAUUAACCCAGCACCUCCGACUGUUCCAUCUACCCCUUCAGUUUCCCAGAGAGCAUCAGGACCUAUAUACAGGAGUGCCAGAAAAUCGAGCACUUCCAAUGAAGAGUUCAAGCUUCUCCUUCUAAAGAAGGGCAGUCGUACUGAUUCCAGUUACCGUAUGUCUGCCACCGAAAUCCUCAAGAGCCCAGUCACGCCAAAAUCUUCAGGGGAACUGUUAUUAGAGGCUGGCAGGCAACCCGAGGAACCCCAUUCACCACAGCAGGAGUCUCCAUCCAGCACAGAGCCUCUUGCCAGCCCUUUCCCCAAAGCCAACACGGAAGGUUUCUCCACUAAAACCUUUGCCGCCACCAGGCAGGGUCGUUCCAGGAUCCCACCUGCAGCCAGCAGUAGCAGGUACAGUACUCGCAGCCGGCUAUACACUGCCCCAAUGCAGGCAAUCUCGGAAGGAGAGACGGAAAACUCAGACGGAAGUCCACAUGAUGAACGCUCCUCCUAG